AUGCUUUGGGAAAUAGGCGCCGUGUCAGUGGUCCUCCUCGUUGGGGGUGGAUUCGGAGGCCACGAGUUGCCUGCGAACGGUCUCAUCAGUUCCUCUCGAGACGACUCCAGCUGGGCACACCGUGACGACGGACGAGAAGCCGGGGUGGAACCCAGUUCGUCACGCAUCUCCUUAACCUCUCUGCUCUGUGAGAGACAUUCCCUCCCCAUGUCACCGGAUCACGGUAGACGGGGCGCCGCCGGGAAGGCCAAACUCUACUCUGGCGCCCAUGAUGGAGAUGCAUCGUCAUGCUAUGCACCCAAAAUUUUAAGCGCAGACCAGCGCCUCCUUCUCGACUACGAAUUGGAAGUCGUGCCACAUAUUGCAGCCCCUCUUGGUCAGCUUGCAUUUGAGUGUCGUCUCCCUGCGAUCGCAGGCAUAAUCAAUGCUCUGACAAGUGCUACCUCUCCGGGAUGGGAUGGCUCGGGCAGCACCGUUGGACGUCCUACAUGCCUCGCUCAGCAGCGAGCGGCUUUGCUUCCAAGCCAGCGCUGGCUUGUGAUGCAACGUCGACAAUCCGCUAGCCAAAGCACACUAGAACAUCGGGGGAGAGAGUCUAAGACCAAACCCCAGCCCGUUUUUGGCCCCUCCACACAUCUUUCUUCUCUCUUCCUUACCUCACCACCACGACUACAGCCCGUCUCGUCCACCGCUGCGCUUCCCGUCGCGCUGUACACCCUCGCCGCUCCUGAUCUCGACCCUGGACCCGGCAUUGGGACUCCCCAAGACCCCGAGCCAGCUUGCCGAGACAAGCUGCGUAUCCCUCCCAAGUCCCAGUGUGGCCCGUGUCUCCCUCCUCGGCCACCACAGCAUAGAGUCACACUCCCCGUCCGACCCGGCCCGGACGAUGCGGCCUUUGUCUUGCGACUCCCGCUGCACAUCAACACCUCUCACCGUGACACAGUGAAUCCGUUUCGAGUCGAGGGGGGCCCAUCAGCAUCUUGGGCGUCGCCUGUCUGGGCAGUCGCUCCUCCUCCUUCCGUCCCGGCUGCACGCCUUUCUUCCCCCAUAUAA